AUGGUCCGUGACGAGUUGUUAUGGCUGAACACCAACUGCGACAGGUGGAUGGCCCACUUUGACGCCCUUCUUUGUGAACAAAACUGGUACCAAGAUUUGCGGAAAUUAGUCCUCGCUUUGAAGACAUCAGUCCUCGCUUUGAAGACAACGGAACAGGCAGACCCAUACGCCGAUAAAUGGCGUCUUUUUAUACUAUGGCCGACGGGCCUGGCCGCGCCGACAAGAAAUAUAUCUCACGAUGACAUGGUCGUCCGAGCUGAUGAUAUGGACAUCCACGGCCGUCGCCAGACCUCCGAUAACGCCGACGCGCCAGCCACGCCAGCAACGCCAAUCAAAUGUAAAGCGAAGGGGCCAUUCCCUGACGCCGCAUCCUACGGUGCCUGCAGUCCCCAGCCGAUGCCUGCCCUUGGCAUGGGCCCUCAAAGGACAUUGCAUCAAAGCACGCCUGCAAGAUGCCCGGGUCUUUUCUGA